UUUAGCUAUACCAACAAGUUCAAUUGCAGCGUCUUCAAGAAACCGGGGAAACUACCAACACAUUGGAAAUCUGAGGGCCCUACCAAGUGGAAAAGGAAUUGCAUCACUGGCGCACUCCAUAGAGCCAAACGCAUCUCUACCGAUUUUGACAAGGACAUAAAAACUCUAGAAACUUCUUUCAUCAAUGCAGGUUAUCCGAAACGUUUUAUUUCGCAUACAAUCAACAACUUUCUAAACGACUCGUCACAAGAUGACAACUUAAUUCCGAAUUUUCUCUUCGAAGAACGAAAGAAAGUUUUCUUCAAGCUUCCUUUUUGCGGUAAAAACGAAAAACUCAGUGAGACGUUUAUUGAAAAACUAAACAAGUUUACUAAUUUCAAUUUCAUCUUUAUAAUCCUGUGGCAAACAAGGCAAAUCAAAAGCCUCUAA